UGCCCCACAUGCGGAAGAAACAACUUUAGGACUUUGAAGGGCCUCCUUACUCAUAUGGGACAGACAAAAGGGUGCCUAUGGUAUCAUAAGGGAAAGUUGAGGGAUCUUGGGAAUCUGGGUACAUUUGAAUGUACUGUGAUCCCAGACACUCUGGUUGCGGAGGGGGAGGAUAUGCCCGUGGAUGAAGGAGGCGUCGAUGAAUGCGAUCCUGAGGAUGUUAACGAAGCAUGGAACCAAGAGUUGUUUGACCUCAUACCUGUGCAGCCUCCUGCUGAUCAUGCACCUUCAAGAUCAGAUUCGGCCCAGGCAGAAGAGCCCACACAAGGUUCAUCAAGGAGGGUUCUAAAUGUUGAUGAAGAUCGGCGGGUGGUGGUGGAGCACCCAACUGCCAGUGCUAUUGUGAGGGAGGGCAAAACCUUUGUUGAGAGCUGGUGUAGGCACAUCCUUGGAGACCUGCAUCAAUUUGAUGGGGACUGA